CGCGUAACCAUUCGCAGAUCCCCCCAAUUUGGAAAAGCAAAUUAUACUAUUCAUCAAUUCCCUUUGCAACGAUUUUUCUAUCGAACUGAUCAAAUAACUGGAAAAGUAACGAAGAUGAGUACAACAGGGGAGAAAGGGUCAACAACUACAAAAACACCUGCUGAUUUCCUUAAGUCGAUUCGUGGUCGGCCGGUCGUCGUGAAACUGAAUUCCGGUGUUGAUUAUAGAGGCAUUCUAGCUUGCCUAGACGGGUAUAUGAACAUAGCCAUGGAGCAAACUGAAGAAUACGUCAAUGGACAGCUGAAAAACAAAUACGGUGACGCUUUUAUUAGAGGGAAUAACGUACUUUACAUAAGCACAUCAAAGAGGACAUUAGCAGAUGGGGCUUAGUAUUUGCAACUGCAUCAAGAAAGCAAUUGUUAAAUCUACAAAUCCUUGCUUUUUGUUAUCGAUUUGUUCAUAGGGUUUGAGGAUUUUAGACAUUUGAAUGAAACAUUGAAAGCUGUUCUGUUCUGUUGAAUUGUCUAAUACUUGCAUUCCAAGAGCAAUGUUCCCUUUACUGUUCUAA